AUGCUUCAGCAGCUUCCAGCAGAGAUCCAGAUCCAGAUUACCUUACCACUUGGAUCUGAAGACCUCGCCAAUGUCCGGCUAUGCUGUCAUUCACUCAACAAAGCUGCUCGGAUUCGCUACUACGAGUCCAUCCGCCUCGAACUCUCACAUUCCUCAUCUGCAACCUAUCUGUUGCGCAUACUAGAUAAUGCUGUAACGAACCUGUUUGCACGCAAUCCAGCCCUGCCACCGCUCAUCAAGCACGUCUCUCUUGACGGAUUCUCCGUCUUCCAACGCCUCCGCACUAUCGAACAUGAACGCAAACGCACCGUCCCCCGAGCCCAGCUUCUCGACCCCGUCCUCAAACAAGUCUACCACGAAUCCAAAGUCGCCGCAUUACAAACCGCAAUCGCCCGAUUCCUCGCCCAACUCUCAAACCUCCAAUCUCUCCACGCCAAACCCGCCCUCAUCUUCACCCCCUUCUGGUCUCUCCCCAUCGAACCCUUCACCGCCCUCCGCUCCCUCACCUACCUCUCCCCCAAACUCCUCGAACACGGUUCCGUCCCCCUCCCUCUCACCCCCUCCCUCCUCACCGCCCUCUCCCUCCUCCCAACCCUCUCCUCCCUCACCCUCGCCGGCCGCGACUACGCCCCACCACCACCCUCAUGGCCCCCCAGCACAACCCCCCAGCUCCGCGCCCUCCAAACCCUCCAUCUCCAAAACGUACACAUCCGCGAAUCCACCCUCGCCCUCAUCCUCGCCACCACCCCAUCCCUACACUCCCUCUCCCUCCUCCUCGCAAUGCACGCUGACCCCGACCCCUCCGAGUCCCGCAGCCCCUUCCUCGACGCCCCUGCUCUGCGCUCCGCUCUCACCAGUCUUCCAUCCCCGCUUCUCCUCUCCUACCUCGCGCUCCAGGUCGAUUGGUGGACGACCAGCGACGUGGACGUGCGCUUCGGCGGCGGCUGGGAGGCGGGCCGCGUCGUGUCUGGCACUGACGAUAACAACACCAACAACGCCAACAACGCCAACAACGACACCGUCGACUGGGGCAUCCGCGGCGCCCUCGGCUCAUUGUCGUUCCUGCGUAACCUGCGCUGCUUGCGCGUUGCGCCCCCGGUGCUGUUCGGCUGGGGUGGAGUGCCGCUGCUAGACGACGUGGUUCCUGCUGGGGUGGAGGAGGUUGUGUUUGGGGAGGACAUGUGUAACUGGGAUUGGGGCGGGCAUGCAUAUCGGUGGGCGGUGACGGGGCCGGAUGAUGAGGAAGGCAUUGGGAGGGGGUUUGGGCGGGCGGUGGGGCGGUGGUUGGAUGGGGGGCAGCCUUUGGGGUUGAGGAGGGUUGUGUUUUUGUGUGGGUCUGGGUCUGGUGAUGGUGGUGGUGGUGGUAGAGCGGUGACGCCGGAGAAGCAAGCUGAGUGCGAUCGUGCUGCGCAGGAGAUUCGAGAGAUGAGGGUUGGCUCCGGGAGAGAGGUGGAUGUUUUGGUGGUGGUGGCGGGUGGGUAUCCGGGGUUGGAUUGA